AUGCAUUAUGCAGCGGCAAGAGGUUGUUUGGAUUGCGUGCAACUAUUGGUAGCAGCAUCAGCUGAUAUUUGCGCCAAUACGCAAAUGGACAAUGAUGUCACACCAGUCUAUCUGGCAGCACAAGAGGGUCAUUUGGAAGUUCUCAAAUUUCUAGUAUUAGAGGCUGGUGGCUCAUUAUAUGUACGGGCCCGGGAUGGCAUGGCUCCCAUACAUGCGGCCUCACAAAUGGGCUGUUUGGAUUGUGUUAAAUGGAUGGUACAAGAUCAAGGCGUUGAUCCGAAUUUACGUGAUGGUGAUGGUGCCACACCAUUACACUUUGCUGCCUCACGUGGUCAUCUCUCUGUGGUGCGUUGGCUGCUCAGUCAUGGUGCUAAAUUAUCUCUGGACAAAUACGGUAAAUCGCCCAUAAAUGAUGCAGCAGAAAAUCAACAAGUUGAGUGUCUGAACGUGCUGGUGCAACAUGGAACAUCUGUUGACUACAAUAAUGGACGUGAAAAGAAUACAACAUCAAAACAUGGCAAAUCUACAUCAUCGUCGUCAUCUAGCCGCAAUGUUGCUGCACAGCAUCAUCAUCAGCAGCUGCAGUCGCCACAGCAGCAACACCAUUACCAUCAUCAAAACGGUGGUGGUGGUGGCAAUAACUCCGCAAUGGGUCACAGCAAUUCUCAUGGCAGCUGCAACAAUUCGAUGAGCAGCAAACAGACCAGUCGUAGCAACACCAUCAAAUCGAAAACAUCAUCGACCAUGAGCUCCGACCAGGAACCGUUCUAUUUGCAUCCGCCAUCAACAAUGGGUGCACGCAGCAAGGCCAGUGAAUCGAUAUACACCGCUCAGUCGCAGCAUUCCCGCUCGUCGUCCGACAAGCUUUACAACGGCUCCUUGGUUCCCAAUAAUGAUGGCCUCUAUGUAAAUCCAAUGCGUGUAAAUGGCGUGUAUACACCACCCUCGCCGACCGGUAGCAUUUCGGGGGAUUCUUUUUUCCUCCACGACCCCCAAGAGGUGAUUUAUAAUCGAGUACGUGAUCUAUUCGAUUCCGAUUCGAGUAGUGUCAAACAUUCGAAUCCUCACCGCCAACCCAGUCAUCAUCAAAAGCCGAAAUCGAAUCAUAAUUCCACACCCAGUUCCAAUGCCUUGACCAUUCAGGCAGAUGUCCAUUCAAGUUCCAGUGGGGCUGGUAGUGGUUCGGAUGAGUCGGCCUCCAUUGCAUCGAGCAACAGCAACACGAACAAAUCAAAUGGCAGCAUUCAAAAGCCACAAUCACAAUCGAAUAGUCAUGACCAUGACUAUGAGGAUAUCUAUUUGGUGCGAGAGGAUGCCCGCAAAAAUCAACAAAAAUAUAUGGUCGGUAGAUCUCGCUCGAGAGAUAGUGGAUCGCAUUCACGUUCGGCAUCAGCCUCGUCGACACGCAGCACCGAUGUUGUUCUACAAUAUAGUAAUCAUAAUCUAAAUAACAAACGUGACAACAACAACAGCAUUUUAAAUCGCAAUAAAUCACAAUCGAUCAUUGGUCUGCAUGGCAAAUACGACAAUGCUUCGAUACGUUCGAAAGACAGUUAUGGCAGUAAAAAUGUGAAUUUGAAAAAUCAUCUGAACAGCAGUAGUGGUGGUGGCAUCAAAAGCGAUACCUACGAGAGUGUGUGUCCACCAGAAGAUGUUGUAGAACGCACACGGCAGGCCAAUAAGAAUUCCGUGAUACGAAAUAAUCUGGAUCACAGCAAUGGUGGAUUGCAGCACUAUGGCAGUCAAAGCAAACUAUCGAUGAACAAUAACAACAAUUCCAAUCAAGUUGGCGGCAAUAUAAAUAACAGCAAUCAGAAUCUGUAUAAUAGCAGCAAUAGUAUAAAUAGUAACAAUUCUAACAACAACAACAAUGGCAAUGGUAAUAAUCAAAAUAAUCGCAUUUUGAAACGAGUUUCCUCGGCACCGCCAAUCCAAAAUACAGAAAUUGCAACUGGUCCACCUCCACCACCAUUACCGCCACCACUGCGUGCAGCAACAGGACAAUAUGGACAUCAUCAGCAGCAGCAACAGCAGCCACAACAACACUAUCAACAUGGCAAAAAUAAUUCCGAUUAUUCCAAUUCUUCCAAUUCAUGUCAUGGUGGCUCAAAUACCAACAUUCAUAUGGAAAAUGGUGGCAUGGAUUCAGAUUCUGGUUUAGAAGUUGUUGAAGAACCCAGUCUACGGCCAUCAGAAUUAGUUCGUGGCAAUCAUAAUCGUACAAUGUCAACGAUUUCUGCCAACAAGAAAGCUAAGCUACUUAAUGGAGGCUCAAGCGUGCAACAGCCAACGUCUACAGGCAACAAUGGUGAAAUUAACAACAACAACAAUAUGGGUGGUAGCAACAAUCAUCAUUACCACAACAACAACAACAACAACGGCAGCAGCAACAAUGGUGGCUAUCAACAUCUUCAGAACGGUAACGGUGGCGGUAAUUAUGGCAAAAAUUCAUCUCAUUAUCAACAUUUGCAACACAACGGCAGCUCGGGUGGCAGUAUUGCAGGAACAUUACAACACAACGGCGGCGGCGGCAACUAUUCGUCACAACAAAAUUCUCAACAGCAUCAUUACAAUCAAAUACAACAGCAACAACAAAUUUAUGGUUCAUCAGCUGAGGAUCAUUACGAAUUGACACAGGCCCAAUACGGUCACAACACAGCUGCUGGUGGUAACGCCUCCUCCGGCCGUCCCAAUGGCCCUAAUCUUGUAAAUAAACAAUUGGUAUUGCCAUUUGUGCCACCCAGUUUCCCCAAUAACUCAUUGGAUGGCAUUACACAUCUUAUCAAGCCAUCGGAAUAUUUGAAAAGUAUCAGCGAUAAGCGUUCAUGUCCAUCAUCAGCUAGGUCUACGGAUUCAGAAGACUAUAUGCAUAUACAGGUGUCAAAUCAGCAUCCUGUAGCAUUUGAUCCACCAAAACCGCCACCACCACCGCCAUUGCCAAUGACACCAUUGCCACAACACAAUACGAUUAAUAACAACGAUCGUCACAACAACGGUAAAUCGAUAAGUCUACAGUCGCAAAAUUCCCAUCAUCAGGAUACGACAACAAGAAAACAGCAUCAGCCAUUGUCAGCGAUAUCUAUACAAGACUUAAAUAGUGUACAGCUUCGUCGCACCGAUACACAAAAAGUACCCAAACCCUAUCAAAUGCCUGCCCGCAGUCUCAGCAUGCAGUGCCUCUCGUCGACAAACGAUACCUAUUUGAAAACGGAUCUUAUUGCCGAAUUAAAAAUCUCCAAAGAUAUACCGGGCAUUAAAAAAAUGAAAGUGGAAAAACAAAUGGCCAAUCGUUUCGAUUCGGAACAUUAUUCGGAAAUAACAAAACAAUUUACGGCCAGCAAUUAUGUUGAUCAAAUUUAUUUACAGAUACCGGAGAAAGAUCCAGCCGGUAAUAUUAUACCCGAUUGGAAGCGGCAAAUGAUGGCUAAAAAGGCAGCCGAGAAGGCUAAGAAAGAAUUUGAAGAACGCAUGGCAAAGGAGGCGGAAAAUCGUCGACUCUCUCAGAUACCACAAUGGAAACGUGAUUUGUUGGCACGUCGCGAAGAAACGGAAAAUAAAUUAAAAGCUGCAGUUUACACUCCUAAAGUAGAAGAGAACAAUCGUGUGGCCGAUACAUGGCGUCUUAAGAAUCGGGCCAUGUCCAUUGAUAAUAUUUCCAUGGUUUCCUGUGCCACCGAAAUUGUUUCCAGCCACAUUAAUAAGGAGAACACCACUAAUGGUUAUGGUUACUCACAAAAUGGUCAUAGCGGAGAAAAUGGUAAAACUAUGAAUGGAGAUAAUUCUCAGCAAAAUAACAGCGAAUCUCAGCAGCAACAACAACAGCAAACGCAACAACAACAACAUGAUGAUGAAGAUAAUGAAAAUAUUAUACCAUGGCGUGCUCAAUUGAGAAAAACCAAUAGCAGACUGAGUUUAAUUUAAG